CAUCCACCCACCCACUCUGACACUUCAAAAAAUAACCAGGCUGACUAAGUUAAAUUACCUGCUGGGUGCUUAUCCAAUAUCUUGCCUCGAAAUGGAUUUAUGGACAUGAUCCAUAGACAUUUGGCGGAGCUUACUUUACGUUACAAUGACGAUUCAUUAACUGUCAAUCUUACUACUUCGAUGUGUCAAUGGCAACUGCAGCAUAGAAGUGUCGUUUAAGAUCCUCAACCACUCAUAAUGGUCGCGCUUCCUCUAUUCAAACUAGGAUCCCUCUUCGUGAGGCAUAUCUCCAAGUAUGGUGCAAACUGGAUCAAGAGACAGGCUCAUGAGCACCAAAGAUUCCGGGCGAUAGCAGCUAGAGGUGGACAAGCAAUGCAUCAAUGGAAUAUGAGAAUCCAAGUAAACCUAUUACGAGACAAACAAGCCGAAAAGAGAGCCAGAGAAAAGGCGGAGACUCCAACUGUAAAGACGGAAGAGCAGACCAAGGCGGAAGAGGCUGCGAAAAAGGCACACCAUCACAAUCAAGAAAAUAUUAGCGUUUGGAGACGGAGAUUCAGACCUUUGACGGAAACCAGAGCUGUUGAUCUCUUUGCUGAUGUUAUCGGCGAUACGUUCAUCCUGUCGGUCGCCAUAAGCUUGUUAAUGUACGAGUAUAUCAAAACCCAGUCAAAACCCGAUUCGAACGCGGAAAAAUUGGCAGAGCUACAAAAGCUCGAAGAGGAGUUGAACCUGCGGCAGAAAGAAUUAGAGGAGGCACAGAAGAAGCAACAAGAGCGUGUAGAAAUACUUGAACAGGUGUUGGAGGAAAUUCGGAGUGCCAAUGGAAAGAAAAAGUUGACAUGGAAAUCAUGAAUUUCCAGUAAAUUGCGGAACAUAACAGUUGUAUAAGGGUGAAGAGCACCCCUUCUAUAUAUAGCAAAGCGUUUGGGAAGCACCUGGCACCUACAUAUACAGAUCAUCCCAUGAGUAGGAUGUAGAGAGGAAGAUGGAUGUUGAGAAAUCCGUAGCUGUGGAGGCAAGUGACGUAUACACCUCACUAUACAAAUAACAACAAGGGGAAGGGAAUUCACACAAAGUGGGAGAAAUGGGAACUUUAAGGACGCCGAGCUCAUCCACUCUCUCCCGGAUGAUGUAGGAAGAAGGUCCAGAUGUUCAGUUAUAUAUGUUAACUCGUCAAAUGUAAAAACUAUCAACAAGUAUCAUGCACUUUCU